CGCUUCUAUCCUCCUUUCGCGCCGCCGGCUGCCGCUGUAGAGCGGCGGGUCCAUGUGCGCAUCGAACGGCGCUGCCUCCCCAGAUCUCGUCCGCGUUGCCCGUCUCGGCCUCGACCGCACGGCCAUGGACCCCAACACCAUCAUCGAGGCCCUGCGGGGCACCAUGGACUCCACGCUGCGGGAGGCAGCCGAGAGACAGCUGAACGAGGCUCAUAAAUCAGUGAACUUCGUUUCAACUCUCCUUCAAAUCACUAUGUCAGAACAACUGGAUUUACCAGUGAGGCAGGCAGGUGUUAUAUACUUGAAGAAUAUGAUAACCCAGUAUUGGCCUGACCGGGGAAUUACUCCAGGGGAUAACCCGCCUUACUCAAUACCAGAAGAAGAUAGACAUUGUAUUCGAGAGAAUAUUGUAGAAGCUAUUAUUCAUUCUCCUGAACUGAUCAGAGUACAGCUUACUACUUGCAUACAUCAUAUUAUCAAGCAUGAUUAUCCUACUCGUUGGACUGCUGUUGUUGAGAAAAUUGGAUUUUAUCUUCAGUCUGAUAAUAGUGCCUGUUGGCUUGGAAUACUCCUUUGUCUUUAUCAACUUGUGAAGAACUAUGAAUACAAAAAACCAGAAGAGAGGACUCCAUUGAUAGCAGCAAUGCAACACUUCUUGCCUGUUCUGAAAGACCGUUUCAUCCAGCUCCUUUCUGAUCCGUCUGAUCAAUCUGUCCUUAUCCAAAAACAGAUCUUCAAAAUAUUUUAUGCCCUUGUUCAGUAUACAUUACCCCUGGAGUUGAUCAAUCAGCAAAACCUAGCAGAAUGGAUAGAAAUUUUGAAAACAGUUGUUGACCGAGAUGUACCAGCUGAAACUCUCCAGGUGGAUGAAGAUGAUAGGCCUGAAUUGCCAUGGUGGAAAUGUAAGAAGUGGGCACUCCACAUCUUAGCCAGACUUUUUGAAAGGUAUGGAAGCCCUGGUAAUGUUUCCAAGGAAUACAAUGAAUUUGCUGAAGUUUUUUUAAAGGCAUUUGCUGUUGGUAUACAGCAGGUUUUGCUGAAAGUGUUAUAUCAAUAUAAAGAAAAGCAGUAUAUGGCUCCGAGAGUUCUACAGCAGACUUUGAACUAUAUCAAUCAAGGGGUAUCACAUGCAGUUACUUGGAAAAAUCUGAAACCUCAUAUUCAAGGAAUUAUCCAAGAUGUUAUCUUCCCAUUGAUGUGCUAUACAGAUGCAGAUGAAGAGCUGUGGCAGGAAGACCCUUAUGAAUAUAUACGUAUGAAAUUUGAUGUUUUUGAAGACUUCAUUUCCCCCACAACUGCUGCACAAACGUUGUUGUUUACGGCAUGUGGUAAAAGGAAAGAGGUCCUGCAAAAAACAAUGGGCUUUUGUUACCAAAUCCUCACAGAGCCAAAUGCAGAUCCUCGUAAAAAAGAUGGAGCAUUGCAUAUGAUUGGUUCUUUGGCUGAGAUACUUCUGAAAAAAAAGAUAUACAAAGAUCAGAUGGAGUACAUGUUGCAGAAUCAUGUGUUUCCUCUGUUCAGUAAUGAGCUGGGCUACAUGAGAGCAAGGGCUUGCUGGGUUCUCCAUUAUUUUUGUGAAGUUAAAUUUAAGAGUGACCAGAACCUUCAGACAGCACUGGAGUUAACAAGAAGAUGCCUGAUUGAUGAUAGAGAAAUGCCUGUUAAAGUGGAAGCUGCCAUUGCACUGCAAGUUUUGAUUAGUAAUCAAGAGAGAGCUAAAGAAUAUAUAACACCAUUCAUUAGACCUGUAAUGCAGGCCCUUCUUCACAUAAUUAGAGAAACUGAGAAUGAUGAUCUUACCAAUGUAAUUCAAAAAAUGAUCUGUGAAUAUAGUGAAGAAGUUACUCCUAUAGCAGUUGAGAUGACGCAGCACUUGGCAAUGACUUUUAACCAGGUGAUUCAGACAGGACCAGAUGAAGAAGGCAGUGAUGAUAAAGCAGUAACAGCUAUGGGUAUCUUGAAUACUAUUGAUACACUUCUUAGUGUAGUUGAAGAUCACAAAGAGAUUACUCAGCAGUUAGAAGGUAUCUGUUUACAAGUAAUUGGAACAGUUCUACAACAGCAUGUUUUAGAAUUCUAUGAGGAAAUCUUCUCCUUGGCUCACAGUCUGACCUGUCAGCAGGUCUCUGCACAGAUGUGGCAGCUUCUGCCUCUGGUCUUUGAGGUAUUUCAGCAGGAUGGUUUUGAUUACUUUACAGAUAUGAUGCCACUGUUGCAUAAUUAUGUGACUGUUGAUACAGACACGCUCCUGUCUGACACAAAAUACCUAGAAAUGAUCUACAGUAUGUGUAAAAAGGUCCUUACAGGUGUAGCAGGAGAAGAUGCAGAAUGUCAUGCAGCAAAACUAUUAGAAGUUAUCAUUUUGCAAUGUAAAGGCCGUGGAAUCGAUCAGUGUAUACCCUUGUUUGUGGAAGCUGCUUUAGAACGAUUAACUAGAGAAGUUAAAACAAGCGAAUUACGGACAAUGUGCCUCCAGGUUGCCAUAGCUGCUCUCUAUUACAAUCCUCAUCUACUUCUAAAUACCUUGGAAAAUCUUCGCUUUCCCAAUAACGUGGAGCCUGUUACAAAUCACUUCAUUACACAGUGGCUUAAUGAUGUAGACUGUUUCUUGGGACUUCAUGACAGAAAAAUGUGUGUUCUAGGCCUGUGUGCAUUGAUUGAUUUGGAGCAUGUACCACAGGUUUUAAAUCAGGUUUCGGGUCAGAUCCUGCCAGCUUUCAUACUUUUAUUUAAUGGGUUAAAAAGGGCAUAUGCUUGCCAUGCUGAACAUGAAAAUGACAGCGAUGACGACGACGAUGAAGCAGAGGAAGAUGAAGAAGCAGAAGAACUGGGAAGUGAUGAAGAUGAUAUCGAUGAAGAUGGUCAAGAGUAUUUAGAGAUUUUGGCAAAACAGGCUGGAGAAGAUGGCGAUGAUGAGGAUUGGGAAGACGAUGAUGCUGAAGAGACAGCACUGGAGGGAUAUUCAACUAUUAUUGAUGAUGAAGAUAACCCUAUUGAUGAAUAUCAAAUAUUUAAAGCAAUUUUUCAGACACUUCAGAAUCGUAACCCAGUAUGGUAUCAAGCAUUGACACGUGGUCUUAAUGAAGAUCAAAGAAAACAAUUACAGGACAUAGCAACUUUAGCAGAUCAGCGAAGAGCUGCUCAUGGGCACUUUUUUGAACCAGCCAGAUUCAAUACGAUGAGUAUGAUAAUUUUAAGUUUUUACUUCUUUCUCUUUAAGGCUGGAAAAGUAUAUGUAAUAUUUUACUCAUUCUUCUGCUUGUUAUUUUAUAGAACACUUCUCUUUUAAUAUGCAGUUGUAAGGAACUGAUUUUUGAGGAUCUCUUGAGAAUCCAAAAUGAUUGAAAAACAUGGUGGAUAUAAAUUCAGUGCUCCAGUUGUGCCAAGUUCAUUUAAUUUUGGUGGUCCAGCCCCAGGAAUGAAUUGAAUUAUCACUACUUUUCCUCCUACUGUGUGAUUGUAGUGAAGAGCUUGUGUUCCUCCCAAUAUAGUGGUUCCAGAACUGGUUCAUGUUAUCUACAGCUCACGCUAAAUGAAUUGGUAGAUUGAAUAUUUUAAAAAGAAAAAACAACCCAGGAGUGGGACUUGAUCAUGCAACCUAAUACUGGAAAGAAGGUUUUAUGAAGAUAGGAAGAACCUGAAACUUGAGCUUCAAAUGACACACUGUGGAUAUUGGAAAUCAAGAGGAGAUGUCUUGAAGGCAGCUUCCUUUCUAUGAAGAAAAUAGGCAUUGGCUGCAGGACUGUUGGAAAGGUCUCAUUUACAGUACACAAGCUUGAAGGCCAAUUUAAUUUUUACAACUGUGGGACUGAGUAUUUGCCCAAUUUUCUUUUUCCUCCCCCAAUGGGUAUCUAUUCUUUUAAUGUACAUAAAGGCAAUUGGAUGGCCUUACUUAACAUUUCAUUAUUUCCAUUUAUCAAGAUUGUUCAUAUGUAGAAUAUCGGACACUUAUUGUAGCACUACAUAACUGAUAAAAUCUGUAAAUGAUUUAGCACUUUCAUAUUGAAACAAGCCUGCUAGCCUAUGUACAAAAUUAGCAAAAUGUUUGUUUAUAAAAAAAGGGAUGUUCUGGGGAAAAUUUCAGGUUAUUAAUUUAAAACUAGCAGUUUUGUACCUGGUGAACUGUGGUGCAGCUACCACUGGUUGUGACUUGAAUUUGAUAUGUAAAGAAGGGGCUAGUGGUAUUUCAUUGCUGCUAAAAAAGAAAAAAAUGGCAACACUCUGUGUCCUUUGUUUUUUUUCUUAAAGCUGUCAUUGUACAAAUGGAAAAUUGAAAAUAGAAAUCUUCAUGUUUAAAUGCUGAGUGGAAAUUCAUUUUCUCAGCAACGUGAAAACUGACAUGAAGUUCUGCUUUUCCAGGAGUGUAUUUUGAUGCGUGGUGAAACAUCUACAUAGGCAAUCUAUUAGAAUAUAAUUUGGCUAACUUGGGCUGGAGUCAAUUAAAGUUUUAUUCCCAUAUAUGGGAAUAUGGUCAGAAUUUAUUACAUUUCAAGGAUCUCCUCUCAUCUAUGUCCCUUCCCACUUUAGGAUGCCCAAAAUCCAGGAUUUUUUACCUGAUCCAUUUAGAACAGUAGUCCAGUUUAUGCAGCUGUCUAAGAAUUAAAUAAAUCUUGUCAAUAAUGCAGCCUCUUCAUGCAACAUUUAAACUGUUUUUAACCAUAGAUUUCUAUUUGAAGAUAAGAUCCUUUGAUUAUCUGUUUGGAAAAAGUCAGAAUCCUAACUUAAUUUGAAAUUGAAGGUGGUGUCAUAAUACAACCCCUUGAUCUGAAAUAGGGAUCUGUGGUCAGAGACUUAUAGCCAUGAAAGGGCUGCACCUCAGAAAAAGUCUCAUUAAUAUUUUGAGUUAAACUUAGAUAUGGUCAUCUAGACAUGGUCUCAGGGUUACCAAGUCCCAUCUUUGAAGCAACAGUUUUAUCAAUGUCAGGUGAUAUAAUAGCAUUUUAGCUAUACUCUAGAAGACUUCUUCCUGCUGGGACCACUAUUGAAGAGUGACUUGGUGAAGAAGGGAACAUCAAAUAAUGUGACUGGGCUGGCUUAGUGCUCCAUCUACAAAAUAAAUACAUAAGAUAAAAUCAUAGAUGCUGAGUUUCUGAUCUUGCAAUAAGAUCAUUGGUGUCAAAUCUUUUAAGCAAAAUGUUUUAUUUCUCCUGGCUGUUUUUAUAUUAAUGGUCAUCUGCUGUUAUACCUGGUAUUGAACAAGCUACCUUAAUUUAAAUGUAAGUCUCCAAAACUUUAAAGACAGGUUAAAUGAACUGAAUUUAUAUAUAUAAAAAUAAAACUGAAAUGAAACAUAUAUAUUAUGAUAUUCAAAAAUGCAAUCUUCAGAAAACCAA